AUGGCCAACUUGAAUGAUCUAAAUAAUGCCCUCAAGGUUUUCUCGCAUUCUCUGAAGUACACUUUGGGGGUGAACUCUUUGAUGUCCUCGAGCUCCGUCAAAUACUUUAACACGCAAACGAAUGGACAGUUGGAAUUGAUUGAAAUUUUUGCAUCUGAUCAGGGGUACACGUCAUAUGAUGGCUUUGCCAAAGUGUCCACCUCCAAUGUCAGCAUCACGAUUGUUGCCGUGAACAACGCUCCGUAUUUUUUGCUAUUGCAACCUGAGUUGUCUAUGCAAGAAGGCCAGCAGGGAAAUGCGUCAGCAGUAUCAGUGCAUGAUGUGGACGUUAAUGAAAAAAUAACCUCAAAUCUUGCUUUGAGGAAUUGGAUGAGCAACUCUUCUAGUUCUGUAUACAUCAACCAAUCUCAAAUUGGAUUACACUCGAAAUUUGUGGCUGGAAAGCACAAAUACUACAAGGUCUGCGAAUAUUCAAAUUUAGGAGAAGCAGCCUGCCCCACAGGAAAAGAACAAGGUUGCGUUUGCCAAGAAACUGUGGAAUCGAGUGUUGUCCUGUAUGUGAAUAGAAGUCUUCAAAGUCAGGGGUUUGUAGAUGCUCUUCCCAAGGCCAUCAACUCCCUCGAUAGCUCCGAGAUUUCAUUGUUUGGCCCAUUGUCCGAUGUGAACCUGGCAUUAAACUCCAUAGAAUACAUUGCCAACCCUUAUUUCAGCAGGCUUUAUCGCCCACCAGUAUCGCAAAGGGAUCCAGCCACUUUCGUACUUGGAGCUGAUACGUUGGACGUGCUCAGCAUCACAGCAAACGAUCUAGGAAAUUCAGGAGGCGGAGUGUAUGACCCGAGGACAGCGAGUAUCAGCGUGCCGAUCAGAGUCCAUGCCGUCAAUCAUCCGCCAAAGGCCAACGGGCCGACUGUCGUUGAAGCCAUGGAGGACAUCCCUCAGAACUUCGUUGCCAGUGUCACCGGGUCGCAGUCUGGCAGUCAAUUUGUAUCUCCAGGUUUUUAUAUCACAGAUCCUGAUUCUCAAGACUACUUGUACGAUCAAAUGAAAUUGUACCUCAACGAGACAUACCUGCAGGGUGAAGGGAAGAAUGAGAUUGAGUAUUUGGUCUGGAAUCAGGAACGAAGAGGUUUGUACAACAUCUUCUACGAUUCUCAAGGCAACGUUGUCAGUUCUGGUCCAGUGUUUGGAAAUGGAUGUCAGUUCCAGCCUCAAUGUUCUGAUGGCACGAAACUUGUCUCGCAAGACACUAAAUACGGCUUCAUUCCUAAUCAAGCAUAUGGUCCCAUAUAUCCUCAAAGAGCAACCAUGCCCAUGUCUUGCGGGUUGUGCUUGGAUAUCACCGGAAACAAAUUCAUUUCCAUCAAAGGAACAUUGGUGGCUCUGAACAAAGCUCUUUCGUUGGUGACAUACCUGCCUGAUCCCAAUUUCAACACAGAAUUUGGUUCAAGCGAGACAAUCAAAUUCUCGGUCAACGAUAAUGGUGCGAGAGGUGACUACCCACCUGGCUCAAAGUUUGCGAAUAUCAACCCACUGGAAGACGCUCACCAAGUUGAUGUUGUCGUCAAAGCUGUUGAUGAUCGACCCUUGAUUGGGCGGAGAGUCAUGUCAAACUUGACUGUCAAGCACUUUGACGGAGGUAAAAGUCCAGAUACGAUCGUGCAAGACUAUGCAAUCUUGCCGAUUAACAACAGCAUCAAUGCUCUCUGCUUUUCAUUAAGUCCAACAUCAACUGAGUAUUGGACUCAUUGCCGACCUGGCUUGCGGGAGUACAUAGAUAUCGACGAGGACACCAGGUUUUACAUCACUCCAGACUUCUUAUGGAUCUAUGAUGUAGACUCUCAAGAAGCGCUGGAAGUUCAAGGAUCUCGAAGUUUCUGCUGUCCACAAUCGAGUUCUUCAGUAUGUUAUUGUGGUCGUCCUUGCCUUUGUAGUACUGGAACAUGUGCUUGUCGAGUCCCGGAAGUUUGUUCAGGAGGCGCAGGCCAGCUGCUGGUCUCCUUCUUUGUUGUGAAUGGCAUGCUCUCUUUUUAUCCCCCCCCUGGAAGAUCGCUUUUUCCUACAUCCCAACUAACGUUUGUGACCAACGCGUCCUACAUCCCAAUAACAGCAGGUGGGUUUGUCAAGCCAUGUGACAAUCAAUUAAGUUGUAUGAGGAAUGUCUCGGAAAUGCAUAUAUUGGCAACUCGCGCAACGCUUCAAACAGCUCUUGAACAGCUAUACUUCUCAUAUCAAGGGAAACCAAAUUUCUACGGCUAUGACAAUCUCGAUAUCAUCGUGAAUGACCAAGGAUACACAGAUGGAUGUUACAACUCAAGUCUGGUUGCGAAGGCAACGAUGGGAAUCAGGGUGGUUGGAGUGAACGAUAAUCCUGUCAUUCAAUCGCCCACCUCAGUGCAGGCAUAUCAGAAAGGCUCAAGAUGCUUUUUCGAUUUUCAGCGUUAUGAUGUCAGCGCCGUGCAAGGUUUGAGUCCGCAGUGUGUUGCAAAUCCAAACGGGUCAGCUGUGCCCAUCAAUCAUGUGAACCCAAUACAGUUCAGUGACGUGGAUGUGAAUGAUGUUCCGUAUGGAAAUAUGACUCUGAUACUGCAAGUCGGCAAUGAUCCGAAGAAACAUGCAUCUGCUGGAUCCUUCCUUUUAAGGCAGACUCAAAUCUUCACCACCAUAUGGUAUACAGAAUUCAGAGGUUCCGAUCAGUUGCUUCAGCUACAAGUCGACGGAACUUUGAGUGAACUCAAUUUCCUUAUGCAAGGACUGUUCUAUGAUGCAGAUCCGAGGUAUCAAGGCUAUGUUCCGUUCAUUGUCAAGAUCUUUGACAACUACAACUAUGGUUCUUGCAGUGGUGAGCACGUCUGUGGAGCUGCAUAUCCUGCAUGUCUCGAUCCUUUGAAAGCGACUGCUCACAAACCUCCUCUGAUGGGGACAUCGACUGCCACCAUCAACACAGUCGUCGGGCCCGCGAUAAGAUGUUACCAUACCCCUCAGACAGACGCGAACCCUUGCUCCAAGUGUAACGCUGAGAGCGGAUGUGGAUGGUGUCCGGGUUCUUGCUCAAAGCAAGGAGGCAAGUGCAUGAUAGGAACCAGUUCGGGGCCAACCUAUGAGAUCUGCCCGCAAUCUCCUACUGGCCUUGGAUGGAGACAAUGCUCCAAGAGCUCGAAUCAGCAGCUGAUCAUCUUGAGUGCUUUGGCCGCUAUCAUCUUCCUCAUCGUAAUUGCUUUCUUCUAUUUCUCCAGAUGGGCUGCAAAGCGACAUGGCAACGUUUUGACAUUCUUUGUGCGAAAGCAAUCUGAACUCACGCUGUACCUCAAACGUCUGAAUUUUCUCCCAUCGGACGAAGCGAACUACUCUCAAUUCGUGGUGCUCCUGCUGUUCUUUGCUAUCGCUCUUGUCAUCAUCCUGCUUACUGGAACCAGUCAUUCACAAUGCCAAUUUGAUAGAUAUUUCCUGCUGGAUCAAGCGCAGGAAGUCCAGAUCACAGUGGACAACUGCUACAUAAGAUUCUUGCCCAGCCGAACGCAAUCUGGUCUCAUAAGGAACAUUUCAAGUCCCCAGCUGCAAAUUGCUUACAGUACAAGCCCACAGAUUGUGUUGACUGCAGAGACUUGUGGUGCAAGUGCACAAAUUACGCUAUCAAACAAGAGGCCUACAACCGUGAAAUAUGACAGCUUCUAUUGCAACAUACAGAUUAUUGUGCCAGACCUCGUUGUCCUUCCGAGCAUCACAGUCAACGCAGUAGGAGAGCGAACGACGACGGUUCGAUCCUCUUCGACGGAUGCUGACAGCAUGAACUUUGGCCUCGAGUUUGGACCGAACAACUUCAUAUUGAAGGGAACUGUCCUUCAGGCUAGACUGAGCAACGUGAGUGCGACAAACUUUGAGUACAAUGCGAACAAGGGAGAGUUGAUAGCCAUGGACGUGUCUGCAAGAGGAGCUGGCACUUUUAAGAGCGUGGAAGCCGAUCUCAUCGUGACAACUCCUUUCCGAACUUCCGUCCGAUUCUGGCAGAUAAGUUCAAAUUUAGUCUGUUUGACCGCAGCGAAGGGGUCACUAUAUGUCAACAACUCUUGCGAAGAGAUUUGUAAGGAUAUAGACCUCCAAAACACGACAAACAGCACGACAGGAGCACGGAGACGAUUGUUGAGAGACGAUCGUUGGGAGCCUUCCCAAUCUGCCAGCAUCAGAAGCAGGAUCUCUUCCUUCAGCAAGAGAGGAAUCAACAAUCACUCGAGCUCACAACUGAGAGCAAAUGGACUGAAUGUCACAGACUUCUUCGGACUUCCGGUAGUCAAUCCUGUUGCUGGAUUGAAUGGGACCAAGUACAUGUGCACCGGAAACCCUGACGUUGACAAAGAAUGGCUGUGCGCUCCCUACGAUGCUACUGCCAUAGCGUUGGAUCAGCCGUGCCCUCCCGAAUCAGCGUACGCAAAACGGAGUGAUGUGCCGAGGAUACCAGGGUGUACUAACCUUGAGGCUUGCACUGUUUCGCAGAGCCCUCAGUGCGUCUGUAAACCUCAUUGUGACAUGGCGGGCCUCAGACCCGCAGGCACGUGCAACGCUCUGGGGCAGUGCUGCCAGCUCAUCUGCUCGGGGUAUUCCCGGGCUGACAUGUUCCCAGAGCCGUUUCAGCCUCGGUGCGGGUCGGCCAUCGAUCCAGUCAAGAUGCCCUGGUGCACGGGGAACCUGGGGCAAUCCUUCACCUUCAUGUCGAGCACGGGCUCAAUCUCAUUCCAGGUUGGCAAGAAUUGUGAUGCCUUCUCCCCUGGACUGUGCGAAGAUGCUCAAGGAAACUUGUCCUCCACGUGGAGCGAAAGCUCCUACGCUGGUGGCAACCCAAGCUCGAUGAUCAACACGAGUGUGGAUAUCAGGCAGACUGAUAAGAACAUUUUAGAUCUGUUGUUCCACCCAGGGGGGCGAGUCAGCCCUUGGAAGACUGGGACGGUGAGCUCUGAAGUUGGGCAAUUCGUAUGGAUCUCAUCGAUCCGUUACUUGAUCUUCAGACCCUGGAUCAUGAACGUGAUCUCUUACGGACUUCUCACUCCUUCCACUUCCCAGUCUCAAUCGAAACUUCUGCCCUCCUUCUGCCCAGCAUUCGUUCCCAACACCUCGCUCGUCUAUGCCACUCGUCUGGAGUCCAUGUACAAGGCCCUGCUGAACGUGAUAGAGAAUUAUCCUCCCAGCCAGGCGCAGCGGUUGAUCCCAGAAGGGAGCAUGAUCGUCUUCGAUCAGACUGACGGGAAAUCCUUGAUCUUCAGCAUUGAUCAGUUCUCUGGGAUGAUUCACGUGAAGAGCUUCAACAUGGAAGAUUACCCCUACGUGCUGAGUAUGUUUGGAUUCGGGAUCGGGCUGCCUGUCUUCUUGUCGCUGGUUUUCACCUGCCUCGUCUUAACGUUUUCAAGGAGGUAUCUGAUGCGUUACAGACGGAGAAAGCUGGUGCAGGAGCAGAUGAACAGAAAUUUAAGUCAGAUUAUCAACGGCUCACACCCGAGCGCGAUUGAGAUCGACGAUCUGCCAGAAGAUAUCGUGGAGGAGAUGAAACAAAGAACCACAUUCUGGUUCAUGUUUGAAGAUUUCGCGGGAGUCGCCGAGAUUCAGAAGAGCAUCAUCUCACAAUGGUUCUGGGCUGCAACAGAGGUGAUCUUCUCAGCAUUGCCAACCAUUUUUGUGUUGAUGAUCUCGUCCGCACUGAAAGAUUCAUAUCGCAAGUACGAGUGUCAAUUCAGAGCAGACUGGUGUAAUUGCAUGCAGGAACAGUUCCAAGUUGUUAAGGCAUCCCUUGCUGUUGAAAUCUUCACGUACACAUAUUUCGUGAUUGCAUGCCUUGAGCUGAGCAUGUUCUACCUUCGAACUUCGUUCAAUGUUUUUAGGAGGCUCAUUCAAAAACUCUUCGUAGUUGUCUUUGUCGUCAUCUGGUUUAUGUCUCUUUCUUGCAUCUCGACGUUGACGGUGUUCGUGCUGCUUGGGAUCUUGUUCAACGUCUCAUUGAUGCUGCCCUACGCAAUCGCAGUCAUCGGAUCUUGCACGGUCGCAUACAGUAUGGUAGCAAGGAAGUACAUCAUGAUGUACAGGGUGAGGCGACUGGUCUGGAAGCAGAUGACCUCGGAGUCUACACACAUCGCCAAGAAGCUGCCGAAGCCAAUUGUUGAGGCAGUGAUUGCCAAGAACGUUGAGCAGUGUCUUGCUUCCCAUGGCCUCUCAUACUUUCACAUUUGCAUCCUAGUGCUCAAGUACAUGGUCACAAUGGCACUGAUCUUCGCUUGUCUCUUUAUUGGUUUCAACGCAUUCACCAGCACAACGGACUUCCAAGCAAGUCUGAUCAACGACCUCAUUCUUGUCGUCGUUGUGUUUGCUUCCUACCUGACAUUUGUCACUGAGAGCGACAGCGUAGAGCUGAGCAGGCAGGUGGAGGUGACCAAGGAUCAGAUCGUGAACUAUCUAAAAAGGGUUGUCAAGAUUUUCUCCGAUCAGGUUGAUCUAGGUGCAAGGAUUUAUUCCAAGAUGAAGAAAGCGAUGGACUCCGAUACUGAAGAAGGAAUAGUUCCUGCUGUUCAGACGCUCCGGAAAUAG